UGUGAGUUUGCAUGAAUAAGUGAGUGUCAAAGAGAGAAAGGCAGUUGUUGGAGACCACGAAUGUUGUUUAUGUGUUUGUGAGUGAGAGAGAGAGACGGAAAUAGUGACAGAGGGAGUGGAGAUAGUGAAGGAGUUGUGUUUUUUUCUAAUGACCACUGUGUUGUGCAGAGAAAAGGAAACACAGAUCGGCUGUCAGCACACACAGCAGAGGGAAAGGCUACAAAAUUCUCUGGAAGCACACACACACACACACACACACACACACACACACACACACUCAUUUGCACCUGUUGAGCUCAAUCCACUUCAGAUCCAGCAGUCAUGGUCAUCUCCAAUGCUGUGUGAGAGUGUGUCUGAGAUUUUCACUUCUUCUAAGGAGAGAGAUGUCAUCACUGUAUUCACGCAACAAGGAUCUGUCCUCUCGUUCCAGAAAGUCUCUGUCGGACUCGCCACCCUCGUCCCCGUCCCCCAGCACCAAAACCUUCAGACAAGAACGAGCAUCAAGCAGGUCAGACUCUAGUGGUGUGGAGACCUCGUCAGAUAGACUGGCUGCCCGGACCAGCACCUACACACGCAGAGAGAACAGACUUGCCUCUUUGAACAAAACAGAGGAUGACUCUGCCAGCAAGGACUACAAGAAGCUGUAUGAGGAUGCACUGGCCGAGAAUGAAAAGCUGAAGUCUCGACUACAGGACAGUAAGCAGGAGCUUUCAAAAAUUCGCUCACAGCUUGACAAAGUCACACAGAGGCAGGACAGAAUAUCAGAGAGGUCCACUGUAUUUGAAUCAGAGAAAAGGGAAAAGGAAGCAUUGGAGAAGAGGGUCUCAAACAUGGAAGAAGAAUUAAAGCAGACACCCCCAGUGAGGUUUCGCUACCAGCACUGAGUUGAUCCUCAGCUGGAGAGGGUGAAUGGGGGGUAGAUGGUUUUGACAGAACUCAAGUCUGAUAACCAGCGACUGAACGAUGAGAAUGGAGCCUUAAUCAGAGUCAUCAGCAAACUUUCCAAGUGAGGAUGAACAUGAAGCAGAGAGAAACACUUGGUUUAACACUGAAUAGAGAGAUACCAAAUCAGAGAAACCACAGAGCUUCAAGUGUCCCUCCAUAUACUAUACAUCAACCUGACCAGUAUCAUACUUAGUAAUGGGUUUGUGCUAGUUCUCUUAAUGUAUCAUCUCCAAGGUAAAUAUAUCUCCACAAAACCAGAGAUCUACCCUGCUGGAAAUCCAGCUAAAACCUGCUUAGGUUGGUAGCUGGGUUUACAAGGAAUCUAACUUGCUGAAGUUGGUCAUAUAGGUGGUUUACCAUUUGGACUGCCUGUUGGUAAAGCUGAGGUUGACCUGAUAUCUUGAUCAACUUGGUGUGAGCUGACAGACUGAAACUGGUGGAGAUCUGAUUGACAUGGUAAAUGAUGUUAAAAACACAGCUUGAACUGGUUGACCAGCAUAACCACAAGCUGGUAUGACCUGUUUUUAUUUCCAGCAGGGUUCUUCAAUACAAGCGUCACUGUAUCCACAGUGUUGGUUUCUGGGAAGUGCCACAUGUCAAAUGAAUUUAAUGUUUUUGCCAUAUUAGUCCUUUCAAAAAUCUGAAAGUUUAAAGAUCAGAGUAGGAAUCUUUCUAAAUCAGGCUAAAAAGACCAGCCUAGAAUUUUCAUGCUUGUACAGUAAAAGCUGGUUUAGGCAUUCUAUCUGGUGGACCAGCUUAGCAAUGCUGUUCACCAGCAAAACUUGGCUUGGUCUUUCUAGUGGAGCUAGUUUACCAAGGAGGUCUUGCUGGUUUAGCUACUUAAGAUGCCUGAUGGGUACACAACAGCAUCUAAAACAUAACAUACUGUAUGAUGGUGACCAACUGCUGGUCUUUUUUGCAGGGAAGAUCUAUACAAACUGCAAUUCUUUUGAAUAGUAUGUGAUCACACACAAUCCGAUCCAAUUGUUCUAAAUUGGUCCAGGGUGACUUUUCUGAAGUUCUGCCAUUUGAUUUUUAAACAACAUGUUCUCACUGAGAAAUGAUGUCACUCUUUUACUCUAUUCUCUGUGCAUGUCAACCCAUUUUUCAAAGUCUUUGUUGUUCUGUCUACUUUUUUGAUUAUAGUGUUUAUAUAUGUAAUAAGAACUGUUAUAUGACACCAUUGUUGAAUGUGUCUUAUAUUUAUUUAUGCUUUUCAGAUUUUAAUUAAGAGUGCAUACGUACAAAACAAAACACAUCACUAGUAUUGUUUUUAUGCAAUUUUCAAAUGCUUUGUGUAUUUUAUUUUCAUUUUCCACCAUUUUCAACCUGUAAUCUUGAACCAAUGCUCACAGCACUUUUUAUGAUUGUGUUAAUUGUUUGCCUAUUCUAAUUAUUAAUAAUAACACUGUAAAAUAUGAAGAACAUGUUUUCACAUGACUUAUGAUUAGCCUGCUUGCAUUGUCAGAUCAGCCUCUGAAAUUAUUAUACAGUACCAGCCUACUUCAUUUACAAUACAUUGUUAUUAACA